GUACUGGAAACUCGAAAGUGGAUAAACUCACUUCCCUGCUUAGACUUUAGAGCACCAAAAUUCUCUAACAAUGGCUUCUUCUUCAUCAUACAAAAAAUUCGAGACCCGAAAACGAGAUCCAGACUCGAAAUCCGCUGUUCUAUUGGUGAUUGAUAUGCAGAACUACUUCUACUCCAUGGGUAAACCGAUUCUACCAGCAAUCAAAACCACAAUCGAUCUCUGCCGGCGGAAUUCCGUGCCGGUGAUAUUCACGCGCCACCGUCAUAAGUCACCGGAGGAUUACGGCAUGAUUUACGAGUGGUGGAACGGUGAUAUUAUCAGAGAUGGAACCGUUGAAGCUGAACUUAUACCGGAGUUGGAUCGGAGAGACGGUGAUUUGGUGGUCGAAAAACACACUUACAGUGCCUUCAGAGAUACAAACUUAGAGGAGAAACUGUUGGAAAUGGGGAUAAAGGAGGUAAUAGUGACUGGAGUAAUGACCAAUCUGUGCUGCGAGACCACAGCCAGAGAGGCAUUUGUUAGAGGGUUCAGAGUCUUCUUUUCCACAGAUGCAACUGCAACUUCCUCAGCAGAACUGCAUGAUGCUACAUUGAAGAACUUAGCUUAUGGUUUCACUUAUUUGGUUGAUUGCAAAAGGAUUCAAGCUGCCUUCUCAAUUCCCUGAGCACUCAAGAGUCGAGGUAAUAUUAUAGCAGACGAAACUAGUGAGGGAGGAACUAUGGAGAAGUACUUUAGUGAGUAAAUAUUUUAGAAUAAGCAGAUGUAAGAUAAAAUGAAAUACAUGACAAGAUUUACCUUCUCAUGUCAAAGGUGAGUACUUAUUUGCAUCGAGUGUUUACAUCGAAAUAGUGUAAUUUAUCUUGAAAAGAUAUGGUUAUGGUGAGUACUAAAUGCCUAAAUCUCAUAUAUGUCUAUAGGCUGGUUUAUAUACAUUAUUUUCUAUAUUAUAUGUUUUGGAAAUUCAGUUAUUUUCACUAUA